CGUGAUACAUCACACCAGAUAAAUAAGGACGCGUACAAGGUAAUGCUAAUCAAUUCAGUCUGACCACGAAUAGCAACGCUUACCGAAAGGAUGUCUCGAUUUAUAUUGUUUGCAGCUGUUCUAGUUGUUCUGUGUUCCAUCGCAAAAGGUGAAAUACUGUGCUAUUCUUGCGUCAGUCAAGGAGGGGCAGAUGACGCUUGCGUAACGAAUCCAGCUGCGGUAACUGCAAAUACCCCCAUUGUCAAAUGCAAAUAUAAAUACUGCACGAUUCGUCGACUUGAGUACGCUUCAGAUCCGGGAACUAUUUUUAGUUUCUUACGCGGUUGCGAAGAUGAGCCUCUUCCAAACGGGGAAAAUCCUGGAGAAGAUAUUGUUGUGUGGGCACAGUCAUGUAACUUUGCCGACUUGUGCAAUAUCGGUGACGGACUAGAAGAGAUAACACCGGAAAGUAUGGCUGGUGGUGGUGGAGAUAACUCAAAUGUCAUAAUCGUACCUGCGUCUGCUAGUUCUUUGAUGAUUGAAAAAAUCCCCUUGGUAAUCACUGUCUUGUUGGUUGCUUUAUUUCGCCACCAUCUGUAUCGAUUGUAGAGAAAUCUAUUAAUUCGCAUAAUCCAUUAAAAUAUAGCAAUAUGCCAACAUGUAAAAAUUUAUACCGUAUCUUCUAAAAGCGUCGACAAAAUACAUUUCGUAGCUAUU